AUGGACCCAGGCGCCAGCAUCCCCGCCGACGAACCCUCAGUCUUCAACUACGUCCUCUCCUUUCUCCUCGUCGGGGUCGCAUGGGGCUUCACAACCCCUUUCAUCCGCCGCGCCGCAGCCGAUUUCAACGCCCGCCAGGAAGCCAAACAAGCACAAGCACAAGCACAAGCCCAGCCGACACCCCAACAAACCAACCCAGCCGCCAGCGCAGACGAACAGGAACUCCAAUCCCAAGACCCGCACCCGGACGCCGACUCGGACUCCAGCUCCGAGGAAGACCAGCCGCUAUCCCAAGCGCGCCCCACGCGCGCCCCGGCAUGGAUGAAACCCCAGGGAUCCGCACCCUCCUGGCUCAAAACAAAGAUCAUCAGCGUGUUCUGGACGGUGGUGAACCUGCUCCGCACGCCGGCGUAUGCGAUUCCGCUGGUCAUCAACCUGACGGGGAGUAUUUGGUUCUUCCUGCUGGUUGGGAAGCACGAGUUGUCGCUGACGGUGCCGUUGGCGAACUCGAGCGCGUUUUUGUUUACAGUGCUGGGGGAGUGGUAUGUGGAGCGCAAGGUGAUUGCCAAGGAGACGUGGUUGGGGAUGGCGCUGGUGUUGGGGGGGAUUGGGCUUUGUGUGCAGUCGAAGAAUAUGUAG